GCGUCAAGCACUUGGCACAAACCAAAUACCCUUAUAUCUCUGCUCACCACCAACUUACACUGCGACCCUCAGAUACCAAUGUCAUGAGAACAAUUUCAUAUAACGGCACCGACAUUCUCGGUGAAAGCAGGAGAUGGUGGGAGCUCCAAGGCCAUCGAUAGUUUCAAGCAUUCUCUCUAGUCAACCACCAUGCCCAGCACAGAUAGCAAAUUCCCAAUCGACGUCUUGGGUAAGCUUAAGAAGUUGCAGCUCGACCCCUCCAAUCCGACAUUGACUAGCGAGCAAAAGGAGGCUCUUAAGAACAAUGUGCAGGUUAUGCGAGAUGCCAUCGUCCUAUUUACUGCUACCGGUGCUGCCCGCGGCGUGAGCGGACACACGGGCGGUGCCUACGAUACUGUGCCCGAAGUAAACAUGCUCUUAUCCUUGUUCAAUUACUCGGACAACUAUGUGCCUAUCUUAUUCGACGAAGCUGGUCACCGUGUCGCCACACAGUAUCUGGUUUCUGCCAUCGAAGGUCACAUUCCCUUCGAGCACCUUCUGCAUUACCGCGAGGCAAACUCCAAGCUCCCGGGUCAUCCUGAGCUCGGUCUCACGCCUGGUGUCAAGUUUUCGUCAGGACGUCUCGGCCACGUCUGGCCAUGGGUAAAUGGUGUUGCGCUUGCUAACCGCGACAAGAUUGUCUUCGUGUUGGGUUCCGAUGGUUCCCAGCAGGAGGGUAAUGACGCUGAGGCAGCUCGGCUCGCCGUUGCUCAGAAUUUGAACGUCAAGUUGAUCAUCGACGACAACGAUGUGACUAUCGCUGGUCAUCCCAGUCAAUACCUUAAGGGAUACGAUAUCGCGAAGACUCUUGCUGGUCAUGGCUUGAAGGUCAUUACCGUACAGGGCGAAGACUUCGAGUCGCUCUGGGCCGGUCUCUGCGAGGUCAUUGCCCAUAAGGGUCCCGCUGCAGUUGUCUGCAAGCGUCUCAUGGCCCCCGGUGUGGCCGACAUUGAAGGCUCAACUCAUGGUCACGAUGUUAUUCCCGUCAAGUCUGCAAUCAAAUACCUCACCUCUCGUGGAUACCCUGAAGCCAUGGCGGGCAACAUCCUCAAUAACAUUAAGCCAAACGCCGUUCCUUAUCUCUACAUCGGCUCAACCAAAGAAAUUGGUGCUACUCGUGUGGUGUUCGGCGAGUCUGUCAACCUGGUCCUAGACGGUUUGAGCAAGGAGGAGGCCGCGAAGAAGGUCAUGGUGAUUGACAGCGACUUGGAAGGGUCAACUGGCUUGAAGGUGAUCCACCAGAAGCAUCCCGAAGUGUUUAUUCCAUCCGGCAUCAUGGAGCGUGGAAACUUCAGCGCAGCAGCAGGCUUCGGCUUCGACAAAGACAAGUUUGGCGUGUUCUCCACUUUUUCGGCGUUCCUGGAAAUGGUCAUCUCUGAGAUCACGAUGGCGCGUCUCAACUUCUGCAACGUCCUUUGCCACUUCUCACACUCUGGUGUCGAUGAGAUGGCAGAUAACACCUGUCACUUCGGCCUCAACCAUUUCUUCGCUGACAACGGCCUGUUAGAUACGCAGACCUGGAUGUACUGGCCCGCAGAUGCUGCUCAGAUGACUGCGAUCGUAAAGCGUGUGUUCUUCGACCGGGGAAUACGGUUCAUCUUCUCGACUCGCUCUAAAGUCCCAUAUAUUCUGAAAGAGGACGGCAAGACGCGGUUCUUCGGCGAUGACUACGAGUUCGUCCCGGGCAAGGAUGAAGUCAUCGUGGAGGGCACUGCUGGAUACGUUGUUUCUUUCGGUGAUUCACUCUAUCGCUCGUGGGAUGCCGUUCUGCGAUGCAGACAAGAGGGCCUUGAUGUCGGAUUAGUCAACAAGCCCACUCUCAACCUCGUUGAUGAGCAGACUAUCAGGAAGGUCGGCUCCAGUCCAUUUGUCCUUGUUGUCGAGACCCUGAACCAAAAGACUGGCCUUGGCUCGAAGUUCGGUACUUGGUUGCUUGAGCGGCAAUUGACACCCAAGUACGGAUACAUGGGCACCAACAAGGAGGGCUGCGGAGGCUUGACGGAACAGAUUCCUUUCCAAGGCCUCGAUCCUCAGUCGAUCAUCCGGAAGAUCAGGCAGCUGUCGCAGUAAAAGAAGUAAUGAAGAAAUCGAAGCAGUUUGAAAGCACAGUGUACCAGUAUCCUCAACUCGGAAUAGACGUGCUCGGAAUGUACAGUAUAGGAUAAAACCAUGCAGAUACCACCUUGGCGACGGCGAAAAGUCGUUUACUGAACGCUAUAAACAUGCAGUAGAUGUUAUGCGGUCAUGGUAAGGACCCUCGCAGAGCUCCUGAGCCCUAAUAGUGAUAAGCCGAAGGGCCGAUUGACCUCGGGCAUAAGAGGAACCGGUGAGCAUCCUUAGCUCGUACUGCGGAUAUUGUUUCGGAUUGUGGAAGACGAGAAGUCGACUUGACAACGCAUAUAUGUCGUGGUUUGAACUCAAGAUUGAAGGUUGAAUAUAGCGUGGUCAGACUCGCUUAGUGUUAACUGCUAUGAGUCGGAUAUCUGCUGAAUGAUACGUUUCGAUGCUAUUGUGGUCGGCCAAGUAUUUCAUGGACUAGGUUGUUUUAUGUUUGCAUUUAAUCGGAUAUGACACAGGACUAGCUUCAGCUCUUUCUAUCCGAUAGAACACUGCACGUCCCCAAGGACUCUCUUAAC